CUCCAACCGAUAAUCUGAGAAGUUGAUCGUUAUGUUGGCAACAUCAAAAUGUGGCUCAAAUAUUCGGAAAGUAAACAUUGAAUAUUAACUAUUUAAAAAUUCAACUUCUUCCAAGCGAUAUGAAUCAAAAUAAAGAUCUUAUUUCUAAAAUUGGACUUCGUUUAGAUGGAAGAAGAGCAAAUGAACUAAGAAGAGUCCGAUGUAAAUUGGGAGUUUUUACGGAACCGGAUGGAAGUGCUUAUUUGGAACAAGGGCUCACGAAAGUAUUGGCGGCUGUAUAUGGCCCUCAUCAGGUUCGUGGUGGUAGAUCUAAGGCCCAACAUGAUGCAGCAGUUAUAAAUUGUCAAUUUAGUAUGGCCGUUUUUUCUACCACAGAUAGAAAGAGAAGACCCAGGGGAGACAGAAAAUCAAGUGAAUUAUCCAUGCACUUGCAACAAGCUUUGGAAGCUGUUAUCAAAAGUGAAUUGUACCCUUGGUCACAAAUUGAUGUAUAUGUUGAAGUUCUACAUGCCGACGGAGGUAUUUAUCCUGCGUGCGUGAAUGCCGCUACUUUAGCCUUGAUAGAUGCCGGUAUUCCAAUUAAAGAGUAUGUGUGUGCCUGCACAGCAAGCUUAGCUAAUAAUGAUACACCAAUGUUAGAUAUUUCUCAUCAAGAAGAAAUUAUGGGAGGCCCAACUCUAACAGUGGUUGCUUUGCCCAUGUCUGGAAAGAUUGUGCUUAUGGAAGAGGCUCAGAGAUUUCAUCUGGAUCACCUGAAUAAAGUCUCGAAAAAAGCACUACAAGGUUGUAGAGAUAUCUGGCAGAUUUUAGAUGAAGCUGUAAGAUUGCAUGUGAGAGAUAUUGGCAGUUCCUCAGGUUGGGCAAACACUAGUUGAUACAUCUUUUUUAUAUUAUUAUUUACAAUUUUGUUAUGUAUAUGUUCAAAACUGUAGUAAUAAAAAAUACUAAUACUC